AUGGCCGCGUCGAUCUUCGAAACUCCUACCAAGAAGGCCGCUGCCUCCUUUGAUGACCUCACUCUCGACUCGCCCGUCAAGCCUUCCUCUACUCUCGAGAAGCUCAUGGCCGUACGUAAGGAGGAGGACAAGAAGACCGAGGCUGAGGAGCCAGUGGACGAGUAUCGUACUCGUUUUGUUGGCGAUGUUGACGUCGACGAGAAGGAUGAGCCACUACUAAAGGAGACUCAACGCCGCUUCGUCUUAUUUCCUAUCCAGUACCGUGAAAUCUGGCAGAUGUACAAAAAAGCUGAGGCCAGUUUCUGGACUGCCGAAGAGAUAGACUUGUCCAAGGAUCUAAGUGACUGGGAGGACAAGCUUAAUGACAACGAACGUCAUUUUAUUAGUCAUGUCCUUGCCUUUUUCGCUGCGUCUGAUGGAAUCGUCAAUGAGAACCUUGUUGAGCGCUUCAGCUCUGAGGUACAAGCCGCUGAGGCGCGGUGCUUUUAUGGCUUCCAGAUUAUGAUGGAGAACAUCCACUCCGAAACAUACUCACUCCUCAUUGACACCUACAUCAAAGAUCCUGCCCAGCGCGAUCAUCUCUUUGAUGCCAUUGAGACUAUUCCAUGUAUCAAGCGCAAGGCUGAUUGGGCGCUCAAAUGGGUUUCUGAUAAGCAUUCUACUUUCGCCGAACGCCUCAUCGCCUUCGCGGCUGUGGAGGGGAUAUUCUUUUCUGGAUCAUUCGCCUCCAUUUUCUGGCUCAAGAAGCGUGGUCUCAUGCCUGGCCUGACAUUCUCUAAUGAGCUUAUUAGCCGCGAUGAAGGGAUGCACACCGAUUUCGCAUGUCUGUUGUUCAGCCAUCUGCGCAAGCGCCCCCAUCCGGAGACUAUACGCCGUAUCAUCACGGAAGCUGUCGACAUUGAGGUCGAGUUCUUGACUGAUGCGCUUCCCGUGAGCUUGAUUGGCAUGAACGCUACCCUGAUGAAGCAGUACAUCGAGUUUGUUGCCGACCGCCUCCUUAUAUCGUUGGGGAAUGACAAGCACUAUCACUCGGGGAAUCCUUUCGACUUUAUGGAUAUGAUUUCACUUCAGGGCAAGACCAACUUCUUUGAGAAGCGUGUGUCUGAUUACCGGAAGGCCAAUAUCAACACUGAUUUGGUGCCGGCUGCGUCUACGACAUCUGUGACGCCAUUGGCUGAGCCUUCCGUGCCUUCUAAACUAUUUUCCCUGGAUGAGGAUUUCUAGGCUGAGAAUAGAUGGUCUCACGGUCUCGUGCCCCCCAUUACAUUGAUUUAUAUAUUACUCUUUCUAACUCCGCUUCCAUUUCCAACUGAACAAUUUCCCUACUCCAUAUACAUAUUCCCCAACAUCGCCCCCCAUCACCCAGUUAGGUGCAUGAUAUAAUGUAGACUUUGAGCCCGAUGCCGUCCCCUCCCUCCCCCGCUCCUACGAUUCCCAGCUCUCACGUUCCGCAGUGUUCUGUUUGUCACUCGUACUUGGCUAUUUAUUAUUCCCCCGCUAGUUUUGUUCAUGUGUACUCUCAAAUGCAUCCCAACUUGUAUCGCGAU